AUGGUCUUCGCCUUCCUCCUCGGCGGCUUCGUCAAGCGUGGCGUCAGCAUGGUCAUCCUCCAGGUCCUGCGGGUGUGCACCAUCAUCGUCCUGGGCACCGCCGUCGUCUCCUUCUGGGCCCUGGCCGUCAAGAUCAACAUGACAAAGGCCUACUUCGUCUUCGACGCCGCCUCCCUCGUCUUCAUGAGCGCCGUCUCCCUGUUCCUCGCCAUCUCCGAGCUCCCCUUCGGCAAGCGCUUCUUCGAGCAGCACUGGCCGGCCUUCUCGCCGCGCCACGGCCUGGGCUGGCUCGGAUUCGCCCUCGUCAUGGUCGGCUGCGACAUCCUGGGCAAGCUCAACAACCCCAAGAUGCAGGCCGACGACCUGGGCAUGCCCUGGUGGCGCCUCGUCCUGGCCUCGGGCAUCCUCAACCUCGUCUUCGGUCUGCUCAACGUCGUCGCCACCUUCGCCCUGCAUGACUGGCUCGGCGGCCAGAACGUCCGUGUGAUCCGCACCAUCGGCGCCGCCUCGGCCGACGCCUCCAACCCGUCGAAGGAAUACGACGUCGGGAGCGCCUACGCAUCCUCGUCGUCCGGCGGCGGCGGGAGGAAGACCCUGGCCGGUCGCGUCUUCGGCUUCGCUCUCGGCAAGGCCAAGCAGAAGGCCGGCAUGGCCAGCGGCGGUCGUGGUGGGGGCAAGAACGCUUCUUCCUCGCUUCCCCGCUUCGAAAUCAGCCAUCCUAUUCCUCACGGCAAGGAGUCCGAGGACAGCAGCCGUGUCGCUGCCCACGACGCACACGACGACCCCUCCCACAACGACUACGACGAGUCCCAGACCAGCCCCAUCCAGCCCGGUCUCGCCCGUCCGAGCAAUGCCUUUCACCCGGCUUUUUGGAAGGGAAGGCCGGCUAGUAGCCGGUACUCGGAGGCCAACAUGUCGCGGUUCUAG